AUGGGGGAGAUGAAACUGAUGUUUGAAAUAACAAUUGGUGUCUUGAAUGGUGGGCAUGUCAUGCACCAGGAGCUGCAAGACUGGGAUGCAGAGGAAGAGUCUGAUGAGGAGGCUGAAGAAAGUGGCUACGUCUUUGACUAUGAUUACUACAGAGAUGAUUUCUACAAUCGGUUGUUUGAUUACCAUACCCGGGUCCCUGCACCUCCACGUGCUGUCAUUCCAUUAAAACGCCCCCGCGUAACUGUAACAGCAACUCGCAGAGGAAAGGGGGUGUUUUCCAUGAAAGGGGGAUCAAGGUCUACAUCAAGUGGAACUUCCUCAUCAGGAUCAAAAUUGAAGUCAGAUGAGUUGCAAACAAUCAAGAAGGAAUUAACUCAAAUCAAAACAAAAAUUGACUCUUUGCUAGGGAGACUAGAGAAGAUUGAAAAGCAGCAGAAGGCUGAAGCAGAAGCCCAAAGGAAACAAAUAGAAGACAGUGCAGAGUUAAUUCAAGAAGAGUGUAUAUCAGAGAAUGCUGACAACUCUACAGAAGAGCCUAUUGAAGGAGGCCUGGAUGGAGAUGGAGAAGAGAUGACUGAUGGCAUAGAGGAGGAUUUUGAUGAGGAUGGAAGUAAUGAGCUGUUUCUACAAAUAAAAUGAAUUGGGAGUCACAUCCAGCCACCUUGGAAACUGAGAACGAUAAUUCACUGACUUCCCAGAAUGUCUGGAUCCACCCACAUUCUGCAGCUAUAUUUGCCUCAUUAUCAGAGGAAGAGCCAAGGACUUGACAGUUCUGAAAAUAAAAUUGCACAGACCCGUUCUGUUUUCAUUGCCUUAACACCAGACUGGUUCAGUUAUGCUUCAUAGCUGAAAAGAGGUGCCAGACGACUAGAAAUAGAAUGUUUUUAAACAGUUGGCAUGUGUAAGGAUUUUUGUGUAAAAGUAUGCUUUUAAGCUAUUACAAGAUUUAAACCAUUUUCUGAUGACCAGGAAGGCAUACUACAAAUGGUUACCUCAUAGGGCCAGGUUUUGCUGCACUCUUUGUGUGCAUUGUGGCAUACACUGAUAUAUUGUAUACAUGCAGUGGAAUACUUAUAGAAUUAGGGAAAGGCUGCUGCCCUACACUUGGUAUGCAUUCCCUGGAUGUGUGCCCUCCACAAUAAAACAUCUUGAAGGGGCUUUUAAAAGACAUUAGUAUUUAUGGAAAUGCAGUUUAGGAGUAAUUUCCCUAACUUCAUUUAUACAAUUCUAGGUUGUGUGUGUGUGGUUUUUUUUUUGUUUGUUUGUUUUUUCCCCCCCCCCCCCCAGUUUUCUGUGCCAGAACUUACUUGCUGUAAGUUCAUAACUGUCAUCUCACAAGUUUGCACAAACAUUUUGCAGGACUUGAAAGACUUUAAUGCUACAGCACAGAGAAUCUCUGACACUCACCUGUUUGAAAAAGAGCAACUUGUGCAUGUUCUUCAUACAGUUUGCAUUAAUAGAAAGAUGUGGGAGAAGAGAAUAACUUUCAGUACAGUAACUUAAAAUGAACUCUGAAUAUCACCAAAUUAGAAAAUUGCUUCUGAUAAUCUAAAUACACAAACUAGGGCUGGCAUCUUAUUAAUAACAUGCAUAGCUGUAAAUCCAACUUUGACCUGUGGAUGUCUUUUCUGACAUUGUGGACGUCUAUUAUCAGUAGUAUUAGUAUUAGUAUUAUUUCUUGCACACUUCUCCCCAUGGAUCGAGGUGGAGAAUAACAGCAGACCAACAAAUACACAACAUCAGUUAAAAACACACGUCAGUUUAAAAGAACA